AAUCUCUUCUUUUGCUCAGUUUGGACAAGGAGGAAGGAUUGACACAUUUUUCUGCCGCUUGGAGGAGAGAAACAAGGGGACAGUGACCCGAGGUGAUCUGAGUAUUUUCAACAAGCAAUGGAUCAGGGCCAAGCAAUGCAGGUGGAUCAUGAUGGUUUGUCAGCCAUCGUGGAGGCUUCUGAAACCCACGUAAACCACCUGUACGUGAACCGGGGUACUUCCAUUGACUUGUAUAAGUUCCGCAAGUACAGUAACCAACAAGGAUGGAAACAUGGGCACAUCUUUCAUGGAAGCAAUAGGGAAGAUCUUUCCUUCGAGGGGGGAAUGAUACAAGAUAUCAAGGCUCGAGAUAACACUAAUACAAGGGAAGCUAUGUUUUUAGUCAAGGCAGCAAAUCAGUGGGUGAGUGUAGAGGAUACGAUGGUGAGAAGUUCAACAACGCUGAAUCAUAUUGGAAUUCUAAAACCCUUUGUUGGAGGCUUCAAUACCCAGAUAUCUGAAGUCGUCUGCGGAUUUACUUCGAUUAUUAAUUCUUCUCUGACCGAUUGGUUAACGAGCAAACAACCAUCAGACAAAAGGACAUCUAUCCCUGUUGAAGUGCAGCAGUUGAUCAGGACUGCGUACCUGGCCAUUGAGAAGAUUUGGAGUGCAGGGUCUACAUCGGUUGAAUUGGCCAAUCCUGCGAGCUAUCAUAUGAUUGAUGAUAGAAUAAAAAUCGACCCAUUGCGCACUCGUACGAGGCUGGCGGGAGAAAACAACAUGAGGCCACUUCGGGUUGCGUUUGGCGAGAUGAUAAAGAACGCGAUUCACAGCAGAUGGGAGGAUGAUGAGUUGCUAGAUUUUAUUGAUCUUCUCGGGUAUCAAACAGUAGGAGUUGGAGAUGUCUUGGGCCACCCUGACCUCCUUUCGCCUCAUAGGCGGCAGCUCAUGUACCACAAAUUCCAUUCAGAGAUACCUACCGAUAAUCAAAGAAAUUGGCUGCGAGCAAAUGCUGACCCUGGAGCUGACUGGAAACAAGUUGCUUCAAACUUUGACCCGACGUUAAAGAGCAUAAUUGCCUUCGGCUGUAUUUUCUGUAUUUUUUUUCAUCAACUCAGCGCUUAAAUUUUUAAUUCGCAA